CCUGGCCCGGGCGGGCCCGCCCCACCGUCCUGAUUGGCUGUGAUCCCCAUGCUCCCGCCCCCCGGGAAUGAAUGGAUGGGCGGCCUCCGCGCCCGCCUGAGCGCUGGGAGGACCGGCCCGGCGGGGACCUGCUGGGGGCAGGACCGGGGGAGCAAGAUGGCCACAGUCAUCCCCGGCCCCCUGAGCCUAGGUGAAGACUUCUACCGCGAAGCCAUCGAGCACUGCCGCAGCUACAACGCGCGCCUGUGCGCUGAGCGCAGCCUACGCCUGCCCUUCCUCGAUUCACAGACUGGUGUGGCCCAGAACAACUGCUACAUCUGGAUGGAGAAGACCCACCGCGGACCAGGUUUGGCCCCGGGACAGAUCUACACGUACCCUGCCCGCUGUUGGAGAAAGAAACGGAGACUCAACAUCCUGGAGGACCCCAGACUCAGGCCCUGCGAGUACAAGAUCGACUGUGAGGCACCCCUGAAGAAGGAGGGAGGCCUCCCUGAAGGACCAGUCCUGGAGGCUCUCCUGUGUGCUGAGACAGGGGAGAAGAAGAUGGAGCUGAAGGAGGAGGAGGCCAUUAUGGACUGCCAGAAACAGCAGCUGCUGGAGUUUCCACAUGAUCUCGAGGUGGAAGACUUGGAGGAUGACAUUCCCAGGAGGAAAAACAGGGCCAAAGGAAAGGCGUACGGCAUCGGGGGUCUCCGGAAACGGCAGGACACCGCUUCCCUGGAGGACCGAGACAAGCCGUAUGUCUGUGAUAUCUGUGGGAAACGGUAUAAGAACCGGCCGGGGCUCAGCUACCACUACACCCACACCCACCUGGCUGAGGAGGAGGGGGAGGAGAACACGGAGCGCCACGCCCUGCCCUUCCACCGGAAAAACAACCAUAAACAGUUUUACAAAGAAUUGGCCUGGGUCCCCGAGGCACAGAGGAAGCACACAGCCAAGAAGGGGCCUGAUGGCACCGUCAUUCCCAAUGGCUACUGCGACUUCUGCCUGGGUGGCUCCAAGAAGACGGGGUGUCCUGAGGACCUCAUCUCCUGUGCUGACUGCGGGCGAUCAGGACACCCCUCGUGUUUACAGUUCACGGUGAACAUGACGGCUGCCGUGCGGACCUACCGCUGGCAGUGCAUCGAGUGCAAGUCCUGCAGCCUGUGUGGCACCUCGGAGAACGACGGUGCCAGCUGGGCAGGUCUCACCCCCCAGGACCAGCUGCUGUUUUGUGAUGACUGCGACCGUGGCUACCACAUGUACUGCCUGAGCCCCCCCAUGGCAGAGCCCCCAGAAGGGAGCUGGAGCUGUCAUCUCUGUCUUCGGCACCUGAAGGAGAAGGCCUCUGCCUACAUCACGCUCACCUAGGCCUGUCUCUGGCCCACCUGGACCUCUGAGGUGGUGCUUGCCCACCUGCCUCUCGGAGCUCCUCUACUCUCUCCUCGUCCUUAAUGCCCCACAGUGGGAGGGGGAGCGGGGAGCCCGAGAGGGGGCUGGGCCACCCCCUUCCCUCUGUGCCAGUGGAAUGUUUGCCGGGCCCAGCAGGGCUCCCCCCCUCCUUCCCCCUCCCUUGGCAAAUGGGCACCAGGGGCUUCUGCUCCCCUCAAAGCCAUACCCCGCCUCUGGGCGGGCACGAGGGGCGGUGGAUGCCGGCCGGCGGUCCGAACCCAGCCUUUUUCUAAAGAAAAAGUCAAAAAGUUUUUAAAAAAAAGAAAAAAGAAAUUAAUAUAUACAAAGAGUCCUAUAAGGCCUGGCUGGGUCGAGGGGCACUGCUGAGCGAGUCCACAGGGCACCAGUCUACGCCAGCUUCUCGCCUGGCUGCCCCUUCCCCCAGUGCUGAAGCUGCAGCUCCCCUGCCUCCCCAGCCCCAGGUGGGCGCCACACCCGCUCUUGCCUAGGGCAGGUGGGUGUGGUGUCCACCCCUCCUUCCCUCUUGGUGCCCACCGUGGAUACUGCAUGAUGUGAACCAUGGUUUUAAACUCUGUUCCCGUUCCUGCCCCUCCCUGAGAGCCCCACCCGCCUGCCACAGCCACAGGUGUUGCUGGUGGGGCAGGUGGGCCCUUGCCCGGCGCCUGCUGGGACGAGAAGCACAGACUCUGCAACUGGACUAGUUCCCCACCCCCACCCCCUGCCAUUCCCCACCGGCCAGGCCGGGCUACCCCCUGCCCCCCUCGCUGGCCAUUUUGGAGGUAGUGAGGGGGGGUGGUUGUUUCUUGUGGUUGUGUGUGUUUGUUGUUCGGGUUUAAAAAAAAAGGGAAUUGAGACUGCAAGUGGGUGAGGUUGUGGGUUUGGGGGGGUCUCUCCCAAUCCAGGCAUGCCCCCCCCUUGUAAACGAGUCUCCUUUAUUGCCUGCCUCUGCUGUGAAUUAACUUGUUCUGUGUAUUAAACUGGGCCUGACCCCUCUGCCACGA